CACACACACACAUUCUCUAACAUAAACACACACAUCCACACUCCCUCCCACACUCCAUCAAUCUAGAAGCAACUGGGGCAGCGAGCAGAAGUGUGUCAGAUUGUUGGGUACAUGUGCACAUUUACAUGUGUGCAUUUGGGUUCUAGAAACUUAUUUCUGUCCAGAGACAUUUUUUUCUGUAAAACAUUCACUCUGCUACCACAGGACACUAGAAGAACAAAGAAGACAAAUUCAGUCUUUUGGAGAAUGCUUUCUCCAAAUUACGUCUCCACAUAAGGAUUACGGAUUGUUAAGGACCCUGUGAAACCUUAUUUUUCCUCUCAUGGUCACUUUUAUAUUUUUCCUGUAGUCCUGACAUUUGCUUGACUCAAACAGUGCUUUACAACAUGUGCAGACUUUGGAGGAUAGCAGUUUUGCUCUGUGUCAAAUUGGUGGGCACUGCGAAUGGAAAUACAGGACUUGUGCCGGAAAGAGGGACUGCAGCUUCCUCCUGCUAUGGGGGUUUUGACCUCUAUUUUGUUCUUGACAAAUCAGGAAGUGUGCAGCAUCACUGGAAUGAAAUAUAUAACUUUGUGGAACAUCUGGCCCAUAAGUUCAUAAGCCCACAGUUGCGGAUGUCCUUCAUUGUAUUCUCCGAUCAGGGCAAGAUUUUGAUGCAGCUUACAGAAGACAGGGACCAAAUUCGUAAAGGUUUGGAGGAACUCAAGAAUGUCCGGCCAGGUGGAGACACUUUUAUGCAUGACGGCAUUCAGAGGGCAAGUGAGCAGAUUUACUAUGGUAACUCUGAGGGAUACCGCACAGCCAGUGUCAUCAUCGGCCUCACAGACGGGGAGCUGCAUGAAGAUCUCUUCUAUUACGCUGAGAGAGAGGCCAAUCGCUCUCGCAGCCUGGGUGCCUCUGUGUACUGCGUAGGGGUGAAAGAUUUCAAUGAGACUCAGCUGGCCAAGAUUGCUGACAGCAAAGAUCAUGUCUUCCCAGUAAAUGACGGCUUUGAAGCUCUACAAGGUGUCAUUGAUUCGAUCUUGAAGAAAUCAUGCAUAGAGAUUCUCGCUGCAGAACCUUCCAGUAUCUGUGCUGGAGAGGCAUUCCAAGUUGUUGUUAGAGGAAAUGGAUUUCUUCAUGCUAGAAAUGUGGAGAAGGUUCUUUGCAGCUUCCGAAUAAAUGACACCCUUACCAGAAUGGUGAAGCCAUUGAUAGUGGAGGACACGUAUCUACUGUGCCCAGCUCCUGUUCUUCGAGAGGAGGGAACGGCAGCCUCCCUUUAUGUUAGCAUGAACGAAGGCCUGAGUUUUAUCUCUAGUUCUGUUACUAUCACCACUGUAAGCUGUUCUGAUGGUACGAUCCUGGCCAUAGCGCUACUGAUAGUGAUGCUACUGCUGAUUCUGGCUCUCCUGUGGUGGUUCUGGCCUCUCUGCUGCACUGUGAUUAUCCAUGAACCUCCACCACCAAUAGUGGAAGAUAGUUCGGAUGAUGAAGAGGAUGGAACGCCGAAGAAGAAGUGGCCCACAGUCGACGCGUCCUACUAUGGAGGAAGAGGAGUUGGCGGCAUUAAAAGAAUGGAGGUUCGCUGGGGUGAGAAAGGUUCGACCGAAGAGGGUGCUAAACUGGAAAAGGCGAAGAACGCAAGGGUAAAGAUGCCUGAACAAGAGUUUGAAGCUCCUCCUUCUCGCAUCCUAAAUAAUGGCAUGCGGAAACCACCAGGCCCUCGCAAAUGGUACUCCCCUAUAAAGGGAAAACUGGAUGCAUUGUGGGUACUUCUGAAGAAAGGGUAUGAUCGAGUGUCCAUCAUGCGACCACAACCAGGAGACAAGGGUCGCUGUAUAAACUUCACCCGCGUCAAGUCUAAUCCUCCUCCACGGUAUCCAUCCUACAACCACCAUUCUUCCCCCAUCUACACCCCCACACGGACCCUCAACCCACCCCCUCCUCAGGGCCAGCUGCCCCCUCCUCCACACAGUCCACCGGACUCCCUAUCCUCCAGUUUUCCUCCGGUACCUUCCACCCCUCCUCCUCUCACCAUCAACCCAUCUCCACCCAUUACUCCUCCUCCAUCCUAUUCUCCACCCCCCGUCUGGUCUUCAUCCCCCACCACCCUCUUCUUUUCCCCACUCACAUCUCUGCCCUCUCUUCCACCAUCACCUACUUCCUCCCUGCCCCCACCCCCUCAAGCCCCGCCUCCAGGCAGAGCUCCUCCUCCAGAUCGUCCACCUCCACGGCCCUGUGUCUAA